AGGGGUGGGCUGAACUGAUACAGAAGGAAGAUUGAUAGCUUGAGACUCAGGAAGGUAACUUCUGCAGGGUGCCUCCCUGGCUUCUGGAGGAGAGGGAAGGAGGACAGUGGGCCAGUGGCACAGAAGUGACACACGAUGGAAUCUGGCUUCACCUCUAAGGAUGCUUAUCUAAGCCAUUUUAACCCUCGGGAUUACCUAGAAAAAUAUUACAACUUUGGGACCAAAAACUCUGCAGAAAACCAGAUUCUGAGGCAUGUUCUGAACAAUCUUUUUAAGAUAUUCUGCCUAGAUGGUGUGAAGGGAGACCUCCUGAUUGACAUCGGCUCUGGGCCCACCAUCUACCAGCUCCUCUCUGCUUGUGAAUCCUUCAAGGAGAUCAUCGCCACUGACUACACAGACCAGAACCUGCAGGAACUGGAAAAGUGGCUGAAGAAGGAGCCGGGGGCCUUUGACUGGUCCCCAGUGGUGACCUAUGUGUGUGAUCUUGAGGGGAACAGAGUCAAGGGGCCAGAGAAGGAGGAGAAGUUGAGGCGGGCGGUCAAGCAGGUGCUGAAGUGUGAUGUCACCCAGAGCCGGCCACUGGGGACCGUCCCGCUGCUCUCGGCCGACUGCCUGCUGAGCACGCUGUGCCUGAACGCCGCCUGCCCAGACCUCUCUGCCUUCCGCACGGCCCUCGAGAACCUCAGCAGCCUCCUCAAGCCAGGGGGCUUCCUGGUGAUCGUGGAUGCGCUGAAGAGCAGCUACUACAUGAUCGGCGAGCGGAGGUUCUCCAGCCUCUCCCUGGGCCCGGAGGCAGUAAAGGCUGCGGUGACAGAGGCUGGCUACACAAUUGAACGGUUUGAGGUGAUUCCUCAAGCUUAUUCGUCCACCAUGGCCGACAAUGAAGGACUUUUCUCGCUGGUGGGGCGGAAGCUGAGCAGAUCUUAAUUAAUCUCAAUUAAAGCAGGUCCUUUGACAUUCUAACUGCCAUGGUCAUUGUGCUGAGGAGAGGCUAAGUGACUGGAGCCCCAUGGCACAUCUAGGACACGGUUGGCACAGCUGGUCCAUCUAAGAACAAUUCAUUGUCCACCUACUCUGGCCUCCACCUGUGUGUGUGCUUAUGCUUUGGGACCCAAAGAUGAGUAACUGGUAUGUCCAGUCUUCACUGCCUGUGUUUACAAAAGAUCUCACUUUCCCUGAACAUCCAGGUCCGGUGGCUCAAGCCCAGAUCUGCCUAUGGAGGAGGAGUAUGUCUGCAGUUAUUCACCAUUACUUUCCUAGGGGACCAGCUGCCUCCUCCUGUCUUGGGAACAGGCUUCUCCUGUUUUGUAACUCUUGCCUUCUCCCUGGAGAGGCUCCCACACCCCAGCCUCCACUGAUCAGGCUGCCCUGGGCACAGCCCUUCACUGCUGGACUCUCCUGGUGCCACGACUACUCUGGCCUCAGGGGUCAGAGAACAGCUAUCCAGCAUUUCUGUUCAUCCCAGCAUUCCAAUUUUCUUUUUUUAAGCUACAAAGAGCAUAGCUCUUCUUGGGCAAGUUACAUAACCUUGCUUGGGUUUCUUCUUGGGCAAGUUACAUAACCGUGCUGUGCCUCAGUUUCCUCAUCUGUCAAAUGAGAUUAAGAUAGAACUUUUUGUUAAGAGAAUUAAAAUGAAUUGCUACAC